AAAUAUCGAGAUAUUCCGUGAAAUUGGAAGCUACGUGUUGUGGGCCAAACUGAGAGGUGCGAUUUUAAUUCAAGGGGCUUCAUUUCUGUGAAGCUUUUUUUCUUUCUAAAUCGACUUCUUUUCUAAUAAUAAUCUGACAUUAGCAAAUGCAAGCGGCAGCUGUAGUUUCACCGCUGCCGCGGCCGUCCUCCUCAGUGAUACCGGCAACGAGAGCGAAAUUCCUCAACUACAACUCCUCAACGACGGAAGCAAGCAAGAAGCGGCAGCUGCAGUUUACUUGUGUGAAUUACCGGCGUAUUGAAAUGGCGACAGCAUCACCGUCACCAGCAUCUGUUGGAACGGCGCCGAAAUGGGCUCAGAAGACCAUCACCAUUCCCGCCCAGAGGCGAGGAUGCCAUCUCAUCACCUCCAAGAUUUUGAAGGAGAUUGGGCAGGAUUUAUCAGGGUUUAAGUGUGGUCUUGCUCAUUUUUUCCUGCAGCACACAAGUGCUUCUUUGACUAUAAACGAGAACUACGACUCGGAUGUUCGCGACGACACGGAGACAUUUUUGAACAAAGUAGUUCCGGAAGGAAGGUCCGCACCAUGGAAGCAUACUAUGGAAGGUCCGGAUGACAUGCCGGCGCACAUCAAGUCAUCUAUGUUUGGCUGCUCCCUCACGAUCCCUAUAUCAGAUGGAAAACUGAACAUGGGAACUUGGCAGGGUAUCUGGCUGUGUGAGCACCGUGAUGCUGCUACUCCUCGCAGAGUCGUGGUCACGCUUAAUGGGAUGUGAGAAUUAAGAUCGUGUUCACUGCUGCAACUACCUUUUUCAUCUUCUUACUCACUCGCGAGUGCAGCUUGUCUUUUCUGAAUAAGUGUGCAGAAACUUGUUUGAGCUGCAUUGUAAUGUAAUACACAUACCCAAGUCAUCAGUAAGCUCAAUUUCAUUGACUUUUAGGACUCCUAGCCCAGAUGAAUCUGCUUUCAAGUGUUUCCAAGUCAGCAACAAAAGAGUAAUUUCGAGUGAUAAGAUGUGCUCUGGUAAUGCAUUGAUCUAUAUAUGUAUAUUAUGCAAUGCUUUUCCCCUCU